GUUUGAAAACAUAAUAAUAUUGUUUACAUAAAACAGUGUUUACAGUGAAAAGUCAUAAACAGCUGUAAAAUAGUAAACAAUAGAGUUUUGUAUAAUUGAGUCAUACAUCUUAUGAUCAGUUAUUUCGGUGAUAAUUAGCAGAUAAAUGUCAGACAAUGUCUGUCGUAGAGAACGUUCACGCAGUGGUUUCCUCGCGGAACAGAUCACACAAUGACCAACACAACCGACUGAUGGCCAAUGAAUCGGACGACGAUGACGACAUCGAUGUCAUCGAGAAGUGUUUGUCCACCAAUAGUACGGCCAUUAACGGCGAUAACGAGCACUUUAUGUCGUCAUCGAGUGUCAACUUACAGGGCAUGAACUCUAUGCCGCCCACCGAAAGCCGGGUGACGGCCACCGAUAGAGAUCGCUUAAGACGUCGUCUUAAAUACUACUUUAUGUCACCGAUUGAUAAAUGGCGAGCAAAGGGUCGCUUUCCGUACAAACUAUGUCUUCAAAUAAUCAAAAUAGUUUUCGUCACCAUUCAGUUGAUUGUCUUCGGUAUCGAUAUGUCUGACUAUAUGACACUCGAAGCUAAUGUGGUGACAUCAUUACGAAAGUUAUUUUUGCCAAAUUAUGACACAUUACGAGAGGUGAUGACAUACCCACCGGCCGCCGGUCCGUACGCUUUGUAUGAAAAGCAGGAGUUGUUUGAUUCAAUUGAUUACGCGAUCCAUAGGUUUGCAAAUAUAUCACAUCUGAGUGUCGGAUCAUUUGGUUAUCAGACGCCGAACGCAACACUACAGCCAAUGUCUGUAUUAAACGUUUGUUUCAAGACAUACACAAAGGCAUCACUGGAACCAUCAAAUUAUUAUUAUUAUAUCGACAACAAAAUUCAACAAAACUGUAUUGAAAUAAACAAUACGUACGAACCGGGAGACGAGCGCUGGAAUCAACUUCGAUUCAAAGAUUAUAUGACAGAACAUAAGUUUGAUUUCACUUUUGACAGUCUGGUCUCUCUGACCAUUCAACUACCCUUACGUACCAUUUACUUGAACAGUCUGUCCAGAUAUGAUGCACCMGAAUGUUAUGACCUAAACGUUAACAUACUGUUCGACAAUUGUCAACAUUCUGGUCAAAUGUUAAUAUCUUUGACGUCUACUAAUCUGCGCCACGAAUGUGAUGGUAAUCUUAAGGAUAAUGAAGAGCAGACACAUAUUGAGCGUCAAGUACUCAAUAUCGGUGUAAUACUGUUGUGUUUAAUGUCUUUUUUCUUAUGUUUGCGAUCACUAAUUCGUGGCCAAAAACUUCGUUCAAAGACAGUCUAUUUUUUUCGUAAACAAUUUGGCAAAGGAUUGUCAUUUGAAGACAUUUCACAGUUCAUCGACGGGUGGAUUAUAAUGAUUAUAUUGAAUGACAUUCUUAUAAUUACUGGUUCCUUUGAAAAGAUCAAUAUGGAGACAAAUUCAUUACAUGGAUCACAUUAUAACUACUGUUCCCUAUUGUUAGGUGUCGGAAAUCUUCUAGUUUGGUGCGGACUCUUGAGAUAUUUGGGAUUUUUCCAUAAAUACAAUAUAUUGAUUAUUACAUUAAAACAUGCCUUUCCUCAUGUAUUAAGAUUUCUAUUAUGUGCUCUUAUUCUAUACAGUGGAUUUUGCUUUUGCGGUUGGGUUGUAUUAGGUCCCUAUCAUUUCAAGUUUAGGACUAUCUCAACAACUUCUGAAUGUUUGUUUGCUCUUAUGAAUGGUGAUGACCUGUUCGCCACAUUUGCCAUAACUAAUACUAACUCAACAAUGAUUUGGUGGUUUAGUCGUCUAUAUUUAUAUUCAUUUAUAAUAUUAUUCAUUUAUGUGGUAUUGAGUCUAUUUAUUGCUAUUAUAAUGGACUCAUACGAGACAAUUAAAGAUUAUUAUCAAAAUGGCUUUCCAAUGACUGAUAUGCAAAAAUUUAUUGCUGAAUGCGAGGACUCAAUGGCCAGUUAUCUCGAAGACCAGAGACACUCACCGACAUUCAGACAAAGCUGUGCACAAUAUUGUAAUAAUUUACGAUCACUUAUAUCAUCCAUUUUCAAUGGCCGCCGACAACAAUAAUAAGUUUGUCCACAAUUUGCUAGAUAUUCAACUAUCAAUAUAAUAAUAGUGUUGAACUUAAACUUAGACUAAAAAUAUAUAAAAUUAUUUUUAUCUUAUAUUUUAAU